CGCUCGUUUUCGAACAAGACUUUUGAUAGCUGUCAAAAUAAAAAUGUCGUCAAACGAUGACACGAGUCCAAGUCCAACGGCGGAAAAACACAUAUUCAUGGAUAACAAUCAUUUAGAAUGGCGGCCAAUUACAUUGACCUUAGUAGAAUAUCCAAAAGGAGACUUGUUAGGGUUCCUUCUAGCGUGGGCCAGCCUCUCGCCUUUGGCCAUUAUGGCCGGAUUCGUAGCUUUAAUACUAUUUAGACGUGAUUUACAUACGAUAACGUUUUUUUGUGGUACGCUUAUCAAUGAAGCUCUCAACCAAGUCCUUAAACAUUUGAUUCGGGAGCCACGUCCCAUCGAGCGGGCUAACUUAUACACAGAGUACGGUAUGCCGUCGAGUCAUUCGCAAUUUGCAUGGUUUUUCGCCACAUACGUGACACUAUUUGUGUUGAUAAGACUGCACCACAUGAACAACAAUGCGCCGCUGGAACGAGCCGUGCGAUUGCUUGUGCUAAUAGUUGUUUGGAUUCUCGCGGCAAUGGUCUGCUGCAGUCGAAUUUACCUGCGAUAUCAUACGUGGAGUCAAGUGCUAACUGGAGCAUUCGUAGGCACCCUAGCCGGGGCAUUCUGGUUCAUUCUAACGCAUUUUUAUUUAAGUCCGAUGUUUCCUUGCAUUGUUUCAUGGAAAAUAUCGGAAUUUUUCCUCUUACGAGACACAACAUUAAUUCCAAAUAUAUUGUGGUUCGAAUACACUGUUACACGGCAAGAAUCCCGAGCCAGAUCGCGAAAGUUAAUCAGUAUGAAAUCACAGUGACAACGUUGGCCCUAUUGAAAAUAGGGCUAUCAUCAAUGCCGACAUUAUGAAAUAAUGCCGACAAAGUGCUGAUCACCCUUUUCACAUAUAUCAUCGUCUGUUCGUUUAUUGUAUGUUUCAUUCGUUAACCAUCGUCCAUUCUACCCAUGCGGUGAAUCAAUACAAUGAUAUUUAGAACGAGUAGCUUUCUUUCUGCGAUUUCUCUUUUCGAUUUUGAAGCCUCUCCCGAUGCGCCUUGGACUUUUAGUUGCAAAGCAAACAGACACUUAACGAUUUUGAGUAGCGUAGAAAGGGAGGUGUUCAUUUCCCUCGGAAUUAUUCCUGAUUUCAUGGACAUUAAGCUAACACAAGUAUAAAUGUUAGGUAUUAAGUCUCAUUGUUUGUACUAUACAACACAAUAAUGAAGAUGAUAAUGUAAUUAAAGAGAAAUAUGUAUAUGAGGACUUCGACAAAAAAGAGACAUUAGCAAAAGAUUAAGUACAUAAUAUAAUUGAUUUAUAUACUUAUAAUAUGAAUGUGAUUUAAACGAUUUUUUAUACAUUCUAUCUUCAAUGAUAGUGUUGAAAUAAGUAAGUAAACCGCGUAAUAAUUUGGAGUAAUAAAACACGUAAAUAUAGAUGAAUAAAAAGAAAAUAUUGAGCGAGGUGUAAACAUGUUUCUAAUAAGCCUUUUUAGCGAAUCAAGAAUAUAAUACGACAAGGAAAAAACGCAAAUGAAAACUAUUGUUUUGAAUACAUAUUAAAUAUUUUUGAUUUAAUAGCAAAAGAAACUUUUUUAUAUUGCGUAGUAUAAAUUUUUCGGAAAGUAAGUUGCAAAGUAACAGAAUAGAAAAGCACACUCACAAAUUGGCAAGGACUCACAAGAAACACAUUCGAACAGAAUAGCAAUCAUAGAACGAAUUUAAUAUGUCCAGUUGUUUUAUUAUGUUUGUCACAUUGGAAGGUCGGUUUUUGUUCGUGGUGUAUGAUUUAGUAUAUAUUUUGAAUAAGCUCUGAGAUGACAUUAAAUCCACAGAGAUUUUACGCUGAUCAAUUGAUUUCCAAUCAUUCUAUGCCCUUCUAUUUGCGUUCAAAUGGCAUAACAAAUUACGGAUUUAUUAAGUUAUUUGAUUUUGAGCCUAGAAAUUUCUCAAUAUGUAAUGGAGCAAUGGAAGUGAGCUCAUGUAUAAUAAAGCAUGACUUUUUUA